GGACAGGGCAUCCACGUCAUCUCCAGGCACCCUGCGCCAGUGCAUCACAUUGUGUGUCCAGCAGAUGUGAUGAGUAUAAGCUUCUGCUACCUGUGCUUGUACCUCUCAAGCACAUGUCCCUGCUCUUCUGAGCCCAAGUCAUUCACUUUUUAUCACUUACUGAGUCUGUAUAGCACCUUUUCACUACUGAGCUUCCAAACAGGUGCUACCUAUUUAAGUUACAGAAGGCCAACACCAAUCUUUAACACUAGCCAGGAAUUGUACAAGGGCAUCUUCUGUCAUCUUGGGUGGCUCUCCCUUUCUGGGGGACAGUUUCUCUGCCUGAUACAUGUGCCUAGUGUGGCUAAGGAUGCUACUGUUUCUGUAGUAGGAGUUACUUCACCAGUAAUUCAGAAUAUUUCAUGGAAUCAGCAGAGGGAAGCGAGUACGUGACAUCCCUGCCUGCUGGCUGCCUUUUCUCCCUGGAGCUACUGCAUAGCAGUAAGUCUUGGCGUUGUAUUUUACCCCCCUGGAAAGUUUGUUUUACCAUUUAACAGUUGGAACAAUGCAGGCACGGAGAACUUCAAAGGGGCUUUGCUUCAACAGCAGUGAGAUCCAGGCAGAGCAGGUUCCUUCCUGUAAACACUCGCUUUUCGUGGCUCAGAUUCCUCCUUUUUCAAAGUGCCUUUAUUUAGAAGCACCUCUUAGUGCAGCAUUCAGGAGUUUGAAGGUGUGUAUGAUCCUCCUGGGCUGUGCUUCGCUUGUAGAGAAACAAAGUUCAUCUUCUCAUAUGCUGAGGAAGUGUGAUAGGCUGAGUUGUUUUUCUGUUUGUUUGCUUUAUAACUUCUUAUUUCUGGUAAUUAAAUAUGAGCCUGGCACAUAGAACCAACAGAAAUUAUAUGCUUAUCUCAUGAAUCACUGCUUUAUCUACUUUGCUUUAUCGGGAUUGGAAUCAGUAGUGAGAGUGAGGAGCUUAUCCAGGUAGAAACUUUAUUGUUGCUCAUCUCAGGCUGCUUGUUGCAGUGGAAGGAGGUGGUGGAUGCUGUGAGCACCUGGUGGAGACAUAGGUGUCUGCGUUCAUUGCAGGGGAGUUGGGCUACAUGACCUUUAAGGACCCUUUCCAAGUCAAACAAUUCCGAUUCUAUGACUCUGUGAUUCUAAGAUCGACUACUGAUAACUGCCGUGGUGCCAGCAGCAAAGUGAUGCUGCCAUAACACAGCUCCUUCAGACUGUGAAUGUCACAGAGUAAAUAGGGGCAUUUGAGCUCUUUGGAACAACAAGGAUAUUUUCUAGCAGGUUAAGUGAUACCGUUUCAUUAUUUUUUCUCUAUUCUGCCUUAUUUGCUGAUCUGCUAAUCUGCUACUCAGGAUUGUUAAUGGAGGUUUGGCUAAGAAUGCUCCCUACUCUCAUUUGGGGUUUCUUAUUUAAUUGGAGUAAUGUUGAUGCUGUUUUCUCGCUACAGAGGAUUUAGGUUAGGAGUUAGGAGGAAAUUCUUGAUUCUGAGAGCGGUGAUGCCCUGGCACUGCUGCCCUGAGCUGUGGGUGCCCCAUCCCUGGAGGUGUCCAAGGCCAUGGGUGAGUGCUGGGCAGCCUGAGCUGGAGGCAUCCAGCCCAUGGCAGGGAGUGGGAAUGGAUGGGCUUUAAAGUCCCCUCCAACCCAAGCCACUCUGUGCUUCUAUGAAACACUAAGUAGGAAUGAUGCAUAUCUUUUUUAAUAGUGGGUACACACUAUUGAGCCUUUUCACAGGGAGCUCUGAUGGCCAAGCACAAGCUGGGGGUGUGAUGAUGCAGCUGGUGUUAAAUGGUCAGCUUAAUCUGCCUUGCUUUAGUGUCUGUCUAGCAUUAACAUCUCUGAAUAUGGCAAGGAUAUGAUAGAUAACAAUUUUACAGUGCUGUGCAUGGUUGUAGUCCAGAUGCAGAAAAUGAACGGUGCAUUGAACUGACUCAGUUUUAGUGUUCCUUAAUGUCAGUUUGGCUGAAAGGAGGGAUUGCUCUGGUGUAAGGCAGUGCAGAGUUGCAGGUCCUAAGAAAUAAAGCCUCCCUACUCUUGCCUUCUUUCUAAAGCUCUUAAUGCAAGACAAAAUGACUUGUGUUGUGAAAGCCUUUGCCUGAGAUUGGCAUGACAGGCAAUAAACCAUGCAGCAGGGAGGGAAAUAAAGGAGGCCUCUGAGCUCUGUCUGCUGCCAACAAAUGCAGCCUUGGAUGAGUUACCAUUCCCCUUUAUCAAAUCUGUACAGUGGUGAACAAUGCUGCAGCCUUCAAGAGACUCUCAAUGCUUUUCUGUUAUUUCAAAUGAAAAAAAAAGAGAAGCAUCCCAUUCAAAUCAUACAAUUGUGAGUCAGCUGUGUGGUUUUUGAUAAAACAGGUACCUGAGCUGAUGCUGCUGAACCAGGUAACAGAUGCACCCACAAACCCAGGCGCUGCCUGAUCUGAGGUUUAUAAAACCCUGAUAUAGAGCUUAGCACUUGAACUUACAGACCAUUCCCAUUGGAAAAAAAUAACUCGGUGAGGAUGGGAAGAGAUCCGAUUUUUUGCUGUUAAUCUCUGUUGGGUUUGCUCAGUGAUUUUGGGCUAAGUGAAUUGUCUGAUUUCUGAAGGGAGCACUGGACUUGCCCCAAGCUUGGCACAUCUUACAGAAGAGCUUCAGGGUUUUAAAAACUUACGGUAUCAGAAUCCUACUUGAAACUGUAUGGUGGCUAAAAGUCACAAGUAGGUAUUCCUCGAGUUUGUAGAGUGUAUGUCAUACAAAGAAGCUGUGGGGAGUCGCAGCGUUGGCAGCCUUUCAAGCAAUCUCUCACAAUACAGCAUUAUGCCUGUAACGUAUUUUCUCUUCCUUUCUUUUUGCAAGUCAUGUUUUAACCAGAUUUCUUUCCCUUUCAACUCUGGAAGGCAAAUGUGAUGUUUAAAACACAGUGUUGUACUUGGAGAGGCUGUAUUUUCCUCUCAUUCUGUGGAACAAUAAAUGGAAACUUACAUGUUUGGUGUUGCACAGUCCAACUCUUCCCCUGGGAGCAUUCCGUCGUCCAAUUGCUGAUGGGAAAAUCAAAGUUCAAGGGAAAAAAUAAGGGUUUGAAGAGGGAGAGAGAGGCAAGGGAAAGUUUCUUCAGGUGCUUGCUUUUACCAACCGGCCAAACAUCAGCAGUGGGGUUGGAAGCUCUCCUGUGUGAGCCAAGUAUCUGUCUGAAUUCUUUCUGUGCAGACUUCUGAAUGCUUCAAAGCCUUUCUGCUUUUAGUAUCAUGCUUACACCUGGCACUGUGUGGCACUGGACGGUGAUAUCAGCCAAGAAAGUGAACCUGCAUAUCUUCACGCUGCUCCAGCCUUGCAUAAAUGUUCAUUUAUGGCUUGAAUGCUGUGGACCUUUUGAUUUAUAUUUGUAGCAUUUAGGUAAGGCUCUUUACACUUCUAUUAACCAGCACGGUAGCAGCAGUGCAUUUCUGUCUUCCAUUCUCUCCCACACUGCGAUAACCUGAGUGGGUGCAGGUUGGUGGCAAGACAGAAACCCUCUUCUUGUCCUAUACAUGAUCUGGCAGUGACAGCCCAUGUUGGUAACCCAAAUCCUGUGAACAAGGAAACAGGACAGCAGACUCCUCCUCGCACUGCUGUUAAGUGAAGUGUGAGAAGCUGCUGCUAUCAAUGGUUAAUUGCACAAGAGAAAUGGGGUGUGAUGGCUUGACAGUAACGCUCUUCUUUAAAUUUCCUUUCACUCUCAUUGUGCUUAAACCAACCCCUUAAAUGGCUGCAUGAGUAGAUCCUUGUGGGAGCGAGUUAUGAAAGUGGCCCAGAGAGGUGGAGGUGCCCCAUCCCUGCAGACAGCCAAGGUCAGGCUGGAUGGGCUCUGAGCACUGAUGGAGCUGUGGGUGUCCCUGCUCAGCGCAGGAGAGUGGGACAGAUGGACUUCAAAGGCUCCUUCCAACUCAAACCAUUGUAAGAAACUAUGGAUUACAUACUCUGAGAACAGGGACGGUUCUAAUGUGGUGAUAACAGUUACCUGUGGAAGGGAAUAUUAUUGUAGCAUCCUGUUUUUGUAGCAGCAAAUGACAAAGUUGAAUAUUCAACAUCUUUUCUGUGUUUGUGGUUAUGCUUGGGCAAACUCAUUCAAUCAGCUGCAUGAGUGAACAUUUAAGGAUUUUGUAAGCCAGUCACCAAAUUAUGGUAAUUAGACGUCUUGUCUGUUUUGCUAUACUGGCUGCAGAGCAGUAAUGAGGUUAAAGGAAUACUGUCAAGUUGAUUAUGGAACAAAAGUGACUUACCUAAAAGCUGCCAUCAUUCUCCUCUGUAUAUUUAAAUAUGUGGAUUUUAGUAUGUCCUUACUGCAUAUGUUUAGUUUCAUGUUUCUUAGAGGCAGACAGAAUGGGCAGAAUGGCAGAAAUGUGUGGCCUGGUAUGGAAGCCAUAUGAAGAAGUCAUGUAAAAGAAACAUAGAAUAUCCCAAGUUGGAAAGGACCCAGCAAGGAUCAUCGAGUCCAACUCCUUGCUCCACACAGGACCACCCAAAAAUCAAAUCCUGUGUCUGACAGCAUUUUCUAAGAGCUUCUUGAGUUCGUUCCUUUCUUAAAUGCUGUCAAAUAACUUGGCAGUUUGAUUGAUAUUCAGUCUAUGUUUUAAAGUGACCUUGAUCCUAUUCUGUUCUAUUCCUUUAUAACGGUGUUUGAUCUAGAAAAUGAAGUGUUUUUGAGGUUUGCUUCUCACUGACUUUGCCACGUAGGUCAUUGCCUUUUCUUUGUGCUUUGCUGACUGCAUGCAGGAGCGAUGCACAGCUCUCCCAAGGCUGCAGUUUUCUGUAAAGAAAAAGAAUCAUGUUUACGUAGCUGAGAAUUCAAUGCCUUAAUGCCUCAUAGUUGAAGGUGCUUCUGAGAAAAGAAAUGCUGGUUAAGUAACCCCCAAAUUGGGGAUGAUAGCUUAUCUGUUAAAAUCAAGUAGUAGCUAAGGACAGCAAGGCAAUGUGCUGCAGUCUGAUUUUACAGGGACUUACUCAGCUGGAACAUGUGAUCUUGAUAUGAAUUUCCCUUUGCUCCUCUUUCCUCUUAUAUACUUUGUCAUCUGUUAUAUUUAGUUCCUGUGAUGUCCACUGGCUUUUAUCUGAAUGUCUGAUACUAAUUUCACAUGUGCUGAGUGGUUUUUAUCAAAGCAAGCUUCUAGGUGCUUUCCCUUUGCAAAAAAAUGCUGGAAUGAGAGUCUUCUUUUAACCACUGCUUUCAGGGCCAUGUUUUAGGGAAAACAACUGCUAACAAAUCAUUUCUUUUGCAAUACAGGCUUUAUCCUAGGGCAGCUGACCUUGGGUAAUCUCCCCGCUUGCCUGCAAACUACUGCUUCCUUUCCUGCAGGCAGGAGGAGGGAGAGAGAACCACAUCCCAACGAAUUGUUUUCAACCUGUGUUGCUAGGACUGAUGGUGAGAAGUGAGCAUGAAUAUCAUGCACAGGUAAUGAAGGGUGUGCAGAAGAAGGAAAGUCGAUUGGAAACCAUUUAUAGGUGAUGGAGUGGGAGUGGUGGUGAUGGAUUGAGGGUUGGACUGGAUGAUCUUAGUGGUCUUUUACAACCUUAAUGGUGCUAUGAUUCUGUACAAUGGCUAAGUAACGUUACUUGUUUCUCACUGUAGCUCCAGCCAUUGCCACCACGGUUUGCAGUAUGCUCUUACCAGCAAGAGUUAGGAAGCAGAUGAGCUAAACAACGUGGUAUAUCCCAAAAAUAAUUUUGGCAGGCCUUAUGUCUGUUGGGUUUGGAUUUUUAUAUUUCUAUUUUUUUUCCUCUCUUCCCUCUCUACAUUCAGUUUGGAAGUAAUAACUACAUGUCUUCUAAUUAUUAUUAUUUUGUAAGGAAGCAUCAUGCAACUGGCCAGCUAUAUCUGCAUUGCUUGGGGGGGACACUCUAAGUGGAAAUGAAGUCUGGAAAUGAAGACAGUUGCAUUCAGCUGAUGUGCGUGGUCUAACAGUAAAGGUCUGCAGCUGCUGGCCUUUUGUUUUUCUCUGCUUGCACUAUGCGGCAUGCAAGCUUGAAGGUUGUUUCCUUCUUUCACUGGGAGAAUGUAAUAUUUUUGGUUACAGACUGUUUUUUCUUACUGCAAAACAUUGUAUCCAGUAAUGAUACAAAUUGAAAGGGGGACAGCUGACUCUCAAAUUCCAUGUUAUGCUCCCAGCCACUUUGAUGGGGUUUUCCAAUGUAACUGGGAAGCUGCUUUGUGAGUUUGCAUGGGUGAUCCAGUAGCCAUGGAGUCGAGCAGUGACAUCUUCAGAAGCAUGUAUGUGAUUAAUGGUUCUUGUUUUGUCAUUUCAUAUGAAGUGUUGUGGGCUAAGCAUUAGCUGAAUUGUGCAGUUUCAAGCUAAGAGAAAACUUGGUGUUUGGCUACUAGCAGCUCAAACUGGUCUGGUGUCUCCUUGAUUUAGAGAAACAAAGUGUGUGUGACUAGGAGAGUUCUUUCAAAAUGAACAAAAAUAGAUCCUCUUUAUGCAUUGAAAUUCCAAUGUCUGCCUCAGUGUAGAUCAUGGAGUCAUAGAAUGGCUUAGAUUGAAAUGGACCUUAAAGCCCAUGGGUCAGACUGCCAAAGGUCCCAUCCAGCCUGACCUUGAAUGCUUCCAGGGAUGGGACUCCUCCUGCCAACCUGUGCCACUGCUCUAUGUGAUUCAGAAAUGAACUGCAGGUAUCAUUUAGAAUGUUUGUAAUCUCUAAAUUUGGUUUAGCUUUAGCAAAACUAAUGCUUUCCUUGGUGAUGUGUAUGUUUAAUUAAAGUGGUACUUGAGAUAUGGGGAGGAACAUCUGCUUUUAUUACUGUUUGUGGGGACACUGCUGUGUAUAGUGCUAAAUCAUGACUGUACAAUAUAAAGUUCUCCUGCAUAUGCUGUCCCAUAUGAAUCACAGUCAAGCAGGCAACAAAUUGCAUCAAAAAGCAAAAGUUUGUCGAGACAACCAGCAGGGAAUCUUGAAACUUCAAAGUAAGAACUCAGAAGAAGCCAUAAUUUGGCUCCUCAGUACAUAUUAAAGCCUUACAUCUUGUUACUCUUUAUGAAUAGCAGCAACUGGCUGUAGCCUACACUUGCAGGCUUAAAAUAGCUUCUUCACAACACAGACUUGGCAUCAGGAACUGACAAGUUUGAUAUCACCUUCAGGUGAGUUUCAGGAAAAGAAAUGUCUCAGCCAUGUAGGUGAGACUAAUGGAUUAUCGUACUGUUGUGGAAAUAACCACUGAGACCACAAAAUAUUAAACACUUUUCCACGUGGCGCAUACCACACUGUAUCCUAAACAGAGAGCUGGAAAAGGAAAAGAGAAGCUUAAGUGAAACCAGCUGAUUGCUGCUGGCAGGGAUCUAGUGCUGGAGGCUGCUGUGGAAGAGAAAAGCAAGGCAUGGAGCAGGACCCAGCCAAAGGUGUUUGCUUACGAUCACUGCUUUUGGUCUAUGGAUGAAUCUGUCAAAGAAAAAUAUGCAGGUCAAGAUGUUGUUUUCAAGUGCCUUGGAGAGAAUAUUCUUCAGAAUGCCUUUGAAGGCUAUAACGCUUGCAUCUUUGCCUAUGGGCAAACUGGAUCUGGAAAAUCAUACACAAUGAUGGGUACUGCUGACCAACCUGGAUUAAUCCCUAGACUUUGCAGUGGUCUCUUUGAAAGAGCACAGAAGGAAGAAAAUGAAGAGCAGAGUUUUAAAGUGGAAGUAUCCUACAUGGAGAUAUACAAUGAGAAAGUCAGAGAUCUUCUUGACCCGAAAGGAAGCCGGCAGUCAUUAAAAGUUAGAGAACACAGUGUUUAUGGUCCUUAUGUAGAUGGGCUAUCCAAACUAGCUGUUGCUAGCUACAAGGACAUCGAGUCCUUGAUGUCUGAGGGCAACAAAUCUCGCACAGUGGCUGCAACCAACAUGAAUGAGGAGAGCAGUCGGUCCCACGCAGUCUUCAAGAUUAUCCUCACCCACACACUCUAUGAUGUGCAAUCGGGAACGUCAGGUGAGAAGGUGGGCAAGCUGAGUCUGGUGGAUUUAGCAGGUAGUGAAAGGGCAACUAAGACUGGUGCUGCAGGAGACAGGCUGAAAGAAGGGAGCAACAUUAACAAAUCCCUUACAACUCUUGGACUGGUUAUUUCUGCCUUGGCAGAUCAGGCUGCUGGCAAGAACAAGAACAAAUUUGUUCCUUAUCGUGAUUCUGUGCUCACUUGGUUACUUAAAGACAGCCUUGGUGGCAACAGCAAGACUGCCAUGGUAGCGACAGUAAGCCCAGCAGCAGACAACUACGAUGAGACCCUUUCGACACUCAGGUACGCAGACCGGGCCAAGAACAUCGUAAAUCAUGCUGUGGUGAACGAGGACCCCAAUGCUCGCAUUAUUCGGGAGCUGCGUGAGGAGGUGGAGAAGCUGAGAGAACAGCUCACAAAAGCAGAGGCUAUGAAAUCGCCAGAAUUAAAAGAACGACUGGAGGAGUCAGAAAAGUUGAUCCAGGAAAUGACUGUGACCUGGGAAGAAAAGUUAAGAAAAACUGAAGAGAUAGCACAGGAACGUCAGAAACAGUUGGAAAGCCUUGGCAUAUCGCUUCAGUCUUCUGGAAUAAAAGUGGGGGAUAAUAAGUGCUUCCUGGUGAAUUUGAACGCAGACCCAGCUCUCAAUGAACUCCUGGUAUACUAUUUAAAGGAGCACACGUUGAUAGGAUCAGACAACUCUCAAGAUAUCCAGCUAUGUGGAAUGGGAAUUCUUCCUGAACACUGCAUUAUAGACAUCACCCCAGAAGGACAGGUUAUGUUAACACCUCAAAAAAACACCAGGACUUUUGUGAAUGGUUCUGCUGUUACUGGUCCUAUCCAGCUGCAUCAUGGAGACAGAAUACUAUGGGGAAACAACCACUUUUUCAGGCUGAAUUUGCCAAAGAAGAAAAAGAAACCGGAUCAUGAGGAUGAGGAGCGAGACAACUCUAUGAAGUGCAGUAAUAGUGCUGAGCAGCUGGAUGUAGAUGGAGACAAUUCCAGUGAAGUGUCCAGUGAGAUUAACUUCAGCUAUGAAUAUGCCCAGAUGGAAGUUACUAUGAAGGCCCUUGGUAGUAAUGAUCCUAUGCAGUCCAUCCUGCAAAGCCUGGAGCAGCAGCACGAAGAGGAGAAGAGAUCAGCACUUGAACGGCAGAGACUUAUGUAUGAGCAUGAGCUGGAACAGUUACGAAGGCGACUGUCACCAGAGAAGCAGCACUUCCGCAGCAUGGACAGGUUCUCCUUUCAUUCUCCCAGUGCUCAACAGCGUUUACGGCAAUGGGCAGAGGAGAGAGAAGAAAUGUUGACCCACAGCCUGAGAAAGCUGCGAGAGCAAAUUGUUAAAGCCAAUUUGUAUGUGAGAGAAGCCAAUUUUAUUGGAGAAGAAUUGGACAAGAGGACAGAGUAUAAAGUCACCCUCCAGAUACCUGCUUCAAGCCUUAAUGCCAACAGUAAGAGAGGUGCAAUUCUCAGCGAGCCUGCUAUUCAGGUGAGAAGGAAAGGGAAAGGCAAACAGAUUUGGUCACUGGAAAAGCUGGAGAAUCGAUUAGUAGACAUGAGGGAUCUUUACCAGGAGUGGAAAGACUGUGAGGAAGACAACCCUGUGAUGAGAGCUUACUUCAGACGAGCUGAUCCGUUCUAUGAUGAGCAGGAGAACCAUAGCCUUAUCGGAGUAGCCAAUGUCUUUCUUGAGUGCCUGUUCUAUGACGUGAAGCUGCAAUACGCUGUGCCGAUCAUCAAUCAGAAGGGAGAGGUAUCUGGUCGUCUCCAUGUUGAAGUUGUUCGAGUGAGUGGAGAGAUAGAUGACAGGUUGGUUGGUGGUGAGGAUAGUCCUGAUUAUUCCAAUGAAAAUGACACUCAGGAGAGAAAACUUGUCUGCAGGAUUAAAAUACUUCAGGCAACAGGUUUGCCACAGCACCUCUCCAACUUUGUGUUCUGCAAAUACACAUUCUGGGAUCAGCUGGAGCCAGUUAAUGUUGCACCUGAGGUGGAUCCUUCCUUAUCCCCCAUCAGCAAGGAGCCACGGUGCAUGGUUGUCUUCGAUCAUUGCAACGAGUUUUCUGUAAAUAUUUCUGAAGACUUCAUGGAACAUCUCUAUGAUGGUGCUCUGGCAAUUGAAGUAUAUGGGCACAAGCAGAGCGGUGACCGCAAAAAUCCAACCCUGUGGGAUUUGGGAAUCAUUCAGGCCAAAACACGGAGCCUUCGAGACAGGUGGAGUGAAGUAACCCGAAAAGUAGAGCUCUGGGUUCAAAUUCUAGAGCUGAAUGAGAAUGGGGAAUACUGCCCAGUUGAGGUGACUCCUGCCAAGGACGUUUGCACUGGAGGCAUCUUUCAGCUCAGACAGGGGCAAUCUCGAAGAAUUCAGGUUGAAGUGAGAACUGUGCAGGAAUCUGGGACCUUGCCACUGAUGGAGGAGUCAAUACUAUCUGUUGGAAUUGGUUGUGUUCAAAUAAAACACGUUAAGUCACAAAAAGUGCCUGAAAUUUAUCAGGAAGAAGAUGAUGAAAUGGACAGUUACCAGGAUAGGGAUUUGGAGAGGCUCCGUCGGAAGUGGCUGUGUGCCUUAACAAAGCGUCAGGAAUACCUUGAUCAGCAAUUGCAGAAACUUGUUGGGAAGCCUGAUAAAACAGAGGAUGAUGCUGAUCGGGAGGCACAGCUUCUAGAGAUGAGGCUAACGCUCACUGAAGAAAGGAAUGCUGUAAUGGUGCCUUCUGCAGGCAGUGGGAUCCCUGGAGCUCCAGCAGAGUGGACUCCCGUGCCUGGUAUGGAAACUCACAUUCCUGUUAUUUUCCUUGACUUGAAUGCUGAUGACUUCAGCUCCCAAGAUAACCUUGAUGACCCAGAAGCAGGUGGGUGGGAUGCGACUCUUGUUGCUGAAGAAGAGGAGGAAUUUUUUGAACUGCAGAUUGUAAAACAUCAUGAUAGUGAGGUGAAAGUAGAAGCCUCCUGGGACUCCACAGUCCACGACUGCAUCCAGCUCAGUAAAGGAACAGCAGCAGAUGAAAGAGUUUACCUUAUUGUGAGAGCCACUGUGCAGCUCAGCCAUCCUGCAGAAAUGCAGUUGGUGUUGCGCAAACGCAUCUGCGUCAAUGUUUAUGGCAGACAGGGCUUUGCACAGAGCUUCCUCCGAAGAAUGUCACACCGAAGUUCCAUUCCUGGCUGUGGUGUCACUUUUGAGAUAGUCUCAAAUAUUCCAGAGGAUGCUCAAGGAGCUGAAGAGCGGGAAGCACUGGCCAGAAUGGCAGCAAAUGUUGAAGACGCAGCUUCAGCUGACUCUGAAGCCUACAUAGAGAAGUACUUGCGAAGCGUGCUGGCUGUGGAGAACAUUCUCACCUUGGAUCGUCUGCGGCAGGAAGUUGCAGUAAAAGAGCAGCUAAUGGGAAAAGGAAAACUCUACCGGAGGAGCCUGAGCUCUCCCAAUGUGAACCGGCUUUCUGCAAGCCGCCAAGAUUUAGCUCCUCCUUAUAACCUGAGCAGCAAUCGGAGUCCAAAGGUCCCAGCAGAGGGCCGAUGGGAAAGUCAGCAAGAUGUAUCCCAAGGUGUCACAAACUCCAGCAGGGGCAUUAGUCCAACUCGUACCUCUCUGCCAGGCUCCGGGCAGCAGAACCACUCCCCUGAUGCAGGUCUGGGUAGCCUUGCUGCUUCCUACCUGAAUCCUGUCAAGUCAUUUGUGCCUCAGAUGCCAAAGCUGCUGAAGUCUCUCUUUCCUGUUAGAGAUGAGAAGAAGGGCAGGCAGACCUCACCUCUUGCACAGCAGGCUGUCCCACGGAUUAUGGUUCAGUCUGCCAGUAUCGAUGCCAGUGCUGCAAAGAUAAAGCAGCUGAACCAAGAGGCAGCAGGGAAACGACCAUUCGAAGCUGCGGUACGGAUGUCAGAGGUGGAAAAGAAUCCUGAAAAGAUGCCCAAAAUGCCUUUGCAGCAGCCCACGGGAGAUGCCCAGGCUCAGGACUCCCAGGAAGGGCCUCCAAGUCCUCUGAGCGAAGCCUCCAGCGGGUACUUUUCCCACAGUGUAUCAACAGCCACCCUCUCUGAAGCCCUCACAGCAGGGAGUGAUGCUGUGGUUCAGCCAGGGGGACAGACGCCUGCCCUAAGUGACUUCCCAGCUCCUGCUGUGGCUCAGGGAUCUUCAGACAUGCCAGGACACUCAGACAGUCCUUUAGAAAGCUGUCUCAACAGUAAGGGGGAGAGUCUACCCACCCCCAGCCUUCCAGGUGCUCACACAAGAUCAAAAGACAGCACUGAAGUGAAUGGGAGUGAUGCUUUGAAGUCAAAAUCUUCUGCAUCUCCUGUGACUCACAGUGAGCAGGCAAAUGAUGCCUCUGUAGCCACUGAUGCAAAAACCUUUCUUUCUACCUCUGCUCCAAGGAUGGAGUCAUCUAAACAAUUGAUGGAGUCAGCAGGACAGGCUGUCAGGAGAAAGGAAACAAGUUCUGGGGCUUCUGAACUGGGGGUUCCCAAACCACAGGUUCAGCCCAACCAAUCGUCCCAGCCCAGCGUUGCCGCCUCCCCCUUCAAAAUCCAGAAAGUCAAGACUUCAGAGCUCAAGUCCUUCACCAGCAUGUUGGGGACUGAUCCCUCGUGUUCACUAAAUGCAGAGGAGGAGCAGCAGGAAGGAGAAAAGAGCGCAUCUGCAGCACAUGGCCUGAGCCAUAACGGGUCAGAGAUGGCAGAAGAAAAACUGGAAGUAGUUUCUGACUCUGAAGAUGGCAAUGAGAUUCCCGAGUGGCUGAAAGAGGGAGAAUAUGUCACUGUUGGUGCAAACAAGACAGGCAUCGUUAGAUACAUUGGGCCCACAGAUUUCCAGGAGGGAACGUGGGUUGGUGUUGAACUGGAUUUACCUUCAGGGAAGAACGAUGGCUCCAUUGGAGGAAAGCAGUACUUCAGGUGCAACCCAGGCUAUGGAUUGCUCGUGAAACCAGGCAGAGUUAAAAAGGCCGCAGGACCAGCGAGGCGACGGAGCACCGGUGUGAGGUUGCAGGGAGCGGCAUCCAGCGAGAACAGGAGGAGUGGCAACUUCUCUGCUUCAGCAUCCAGCCUGGCUUCACUCACAGCCCUGGCUGCCAAGUCAGAAGCAGGACCCACAAUUCGCAUGGAGAAGAGCCAGAAAAACGCAGAGAACAGGAAAUCCUGGGCGAGCUGAGAGAGUGGCCUGCUGCAAAGCGCCGCGGCUGUGGGCCCCCAUCUUUUAGCUUCAGCUGGCUGAAAGCAGGCCUGUGAACUUGUGGUUUGUGGCAAACACUAAUGAAGGGUUUUUUCUCUGCUUUGGGUGACUGGCAUGUUCAUUCCUUGCCUUGCCAUGGUGCUGGGUCUACAGCCAUAGUUUCAUGUUACAUGUUGUAAUGCUGAGGUGUAGGGUGACUGUGAGCUCUGCUCUCCUCCACCUCCCAGAGAAGGAGGAGAUGAGAGUUGUUCAAAUUAUGGCAUGACUUCUAGUGGCUACAAAACCCUGCCUACACCUCAGUGCUUCUCUGAGCACGGGUCCCCAAAAGAAUCAAUUCUGUCUAAUUUUGUGAGAGCUAUAUUGCAUAAUGCAUGGUGAAAGGGCAAGAUAAUGAUCCCAGAUGGGCAGAGAAGGGAACAUAUCUGGUAAUGAGGAACCCCUCAAAACUCUUUCAUUUAAAAAAACAGUAGCCCUCUGGUUGUGUGGCCCAGCAUCAGUGCCUGGUUUGGUUUCUGUUCUGUUAUCCUUCUGUGUAAAUCAGCCCAAAAUUUAUUGCUGAUGGGAAUGAGAGCAGGCCCAUGACCUGCUCUGUAAUAUUUUUGAUCCCUUCUUUUUACAGAGGAGGAGAGUUAAACGAAUUUGCCAUCUCAGAUUCAUUUAGUGUGUGCUCUCACCAUGCUGUGCUCCUCUCACUGCCCCAAGCACUACAGGAACGUCCCAUUUCCUCUGUCUUUUGGGUCAGGAGGAUUUUGGCAGAGAUGGCACUGCAGUGCUCCCAUGUCCCCAGCCUUUUGUUGGGUCCUGCCUGCUGCUCAGUGGAGCAUCCUGCCCAACCUUUGGGUCUUUGCCCAGCCUUUGGGUUUUCACCCAACCUAUGGGUUUUCAUCUAGCCUUUGGAUUUUCACCCAGCCUUUGGAUUUUCACCCAGCCUUUGGGUCUUCACUCAACCUUUGUGUCUUCGCCCAACCUUUGUGUCUUCGCCCAACCUUUGGGUCUUCACCCAGCCUUUGGUUUUCACCCAGCUGUUCAAAGCAGAGGCUUGCUGCUCUUGUAACAGGAGGAAUCCAGUGUAUUUAUUUGUAUUUAUUGUGUUGAACUGAGCAAAGGUUGCGCUUUACAAUCAUCCGCCGCCCGGCGUUGUGCUGAGGAGAGCAGUGCUAAGAGGAGCCCAACCCAGUGACAUGGAAACAAACCCAUGACAGAGUCUUCCCCAAACCAACCCCUCCCAGAGGUGGAGGGUUGGCCUGGCUUUUAUCAAACUUGAUUUUAUUUUUGGUGAACCUUACUAGUUUUUAACACCCUGUGGCCCAAAUUACAUACCUGUAUAUAUGUGUGCACAUACCUACGUACAGCCAUUUUCUAACAAAUCAAGAAAGGCCACAGGCUUUUAUAUUCUGAGCUGUUUAUACCUUGUUUAAGGAAUCGGGGGGGAUUGGACAGCUUGAACAAUAAAGGUUUUAUCUACUUGGGGAAUAUUUAGGAUGCUGAAUUAAUGAUUUCACUUUAAUACGUAUCUAGUCUCUGUCCGUGCUGCAUGUGGGUAUCAAAGUGCCUUAGCCAUCUGGUUCAGAGGUCCAAGGGAGAGAUACAUUGUCAUCAGAGGAGACAGAGAUGCUUAGUGAAGGAGAUAAUUAUGCUGAUUUACUGUAAUUAAUAUCAUUUAUGCAGAAGGAAUAAAAUUAAAAUAGAAACUAAUCUGUAGCUGAAAUAAGUGGGAUGGGUUACAGUGCAGCACGCGUAGUACUGCCAGGGAUUUGCAUCUCCUCUCAGCUUUUGUUAGUUUCAGUGUUUCCUGGAUUUUUGUAAAGAAAUCUUCAUAUCAAAUGUGUAGAGCAGCUUUUAAAGACGUUUUUAGCACACGUUUUUUCCUCCUUUUCCUUUGCAUAAAGCUCCUGUCCAUGAAGCCAAGGUGAUGGGAGAAAUUCAGUAAUCAGGAGUUCAGAUGCUCAAAUUCCUGGCUUUUAUAGACAUGAUCCAUGCAACAAAAUGGCAUUUUGCUUCGGGGCCUGAUGGCUCUCACUAUGGAAGGCCGCCCGCUGGUUCAUGUGGCGCCUCUUUCGCUGCCUUGUCUGCUUUCUGAAAUCCACUUCUGAUGUUUUUCUGAUUGCACUCUGCUCUGAUGUGCUACACAGAGGUAGCCCAUGGAAGCAGCCCCAGCCUACGGGUUUUUGUAGUCUCAGCAUUUCAUUACAGGAGUUAGGGUUGCCUUCACAGCCUGUUGAUGUUUGGGUGUCCCCCCAAAAGGGGGAUAUGAAGGGAAGAAGGUGUCUGAGUCCUCCCACACCCCUCUGCUCCGCUGAGGACUGCAGAUCUCCAGGGCUGAUAGGAAGCAGCGAAGGUGCAGGAGUGACAGGCUGCAGCCCAAGCAGCUGGGCAGUGGCUCACUGUGGGUUUCACCCGCUGUAAAUUCCUCUGCCUGCACUUGCAUUGCAGUUCUUGCUUUGUAGGGUUGUAUUCAAGUGUCUGGGACACGUGCUGGGAGGCUGCAGCCAGCUGGUAGGGGUGGCUUUCCUCUGCCUCUGCCCUGGGUUGUGUUACCACACUGCGCUGUAUGGAUUCAGAGGGGCACAAACAGCAUUGACCUGCUACCUCCCCCAGGGUCGGGUGCCCUGGAAGCAAAUGUCUUAAACAUGGCUGUGGUUGGAGUGUCUGCAAACACUGGUGUGCGAAAAGGGGGGCAGAGCUGCUCUGUUCAGAGCACCACGUUGACCUUUGUGGAGGGAGGAUUUUCCUCUUUUGCUUCGUACUUUCUUUUUGAAGGAAACCUCCCCAGCUUCCACCUGCCCCCAAAGGCUGUGUGGGUGAGUGCCACAAAGCCAAGCGCAUCCACGUGGGCCACGAGGACACUCCUGGAGGACUUCAUCUCCCUCCUGCUCACCCCAACUUCCCCAGCCGCCCGCUCCUUCUGCUGGAUCCAAGUUUGGGCACAGUGAGUGCUCACCUCUCUGCUCAGAGCACCAGCUAACCAGAGAACAUCCUUUUAAACCACAAUGAGAGUAAUUUGAUUUUAUUUUUUUAAUUGAUAGCUAGCAUUAGAAUAACUCUACCCUCAGCAUACAGGAGGAGGUGCUCUUAACUGGAACAGCCCAGCAGCUGAGGCUGGUGUGUUAAUAGCUAUGCAGAUUUCCCAACGUUUUUCAUGCACUUUAUAUACAGGGAGGAAGAAUAUUUUAAUGCAGGAACUGUGAUUGGUCGUGAUUCGAGUUUCUCAUCUGCUGUGUUUGCUCAGUUCUGUGGGCUCAUGUGGUGUCUGAGAGCAGAGCCGUGCGGGUGGGUCUGAGAUGUGGUGGGAUUUAGGCACACGGUGGCAUUUGCUGCAAGCAGCCCAGGCAGUGCUGUGGGAAGGGUGUUUUGUGGGUUCUCUCCAGCCAAGUCAAGACUUUGUACUGUAUGAUGCUCCUGACUCUCCUGGUGAUUUGAUCUUGUCCCAGAUAAUACCUGCUCAGUUGAAGGGCCUUGGCUCUUUGCUUGUCAGCAUACUUUAUUUGAGGAAGAUAGAAAUGAUUCCUGCAUGGGAAUAUUGCCCACAUCCUUAAGAAAGAAGGCUUGCCCCGCAUCUCUUCCCCCGCUGCUCAGCCUCACAGGCUCAGCAUCACUUUGCUCUGCUACGAGCUGAGAACCCCACCUCGUUCUGCCUCACUGCUCAUCAAAACCCAUCCAGAAUGAGCCCUGGCAUCACACAGUCCUGCUCAUAAGGGAGCUGUCUGAGUGUCCUUCCUGUCCUGACACAUCGUCCUUACUCCGGUACUGGCAGUUCUUUGCACAAGAAGUUCAGUGUUUGCAGUGCCUUAUCCCUGGGUCAGCAAGUAACACAGCAACGCGCUGGGCUCAGCCUGACCUCCCGUCUGCACAGCUUGUAGGAAGUGAUGCUACACCAAGGUGCAGAUGAGUUACGCUACCCUGGAGCUGGAGUUGCAGUAAGUGUCUUGCUCCUGCAUCCCCUUCAUCCCUCCCUGCUUUGGGUUCUCGCUCUGUGCCAUCCUGGCAUUUCUCACCCACAGGGCACCAGGGGUUUCCCUCUUCCACCCCCACUAACACCUGCUGUGUCCUGGGAGCCUCUCCCAGCUCAUCUUUCUGUUGAUUUUUUUUUUUGUAAAUGUAGUGGGUCUGUAUAUAAAGAGUGGCUCUUGACACUGUGGUAUUAUUACGUGUUGAUCGGUGUACUUCAAAUGAGCUAAAAUCCAAAGACACUUUGUAAUGAGCUGUAAAGUUUUUAAUUAUUUCUGUACAAUACUAAAUUGUAAUAUUGUGUUAUAUAUGCAAUGCAGCCUGCAGUACCUAAAUAAACUUCUUCUUUAGAACCCAUAAGUCUACACUUUGUUA